CGUCCAUGUGUAGCCUAUGCUGUGAUCUAAUUCAGCAAGCCCCACAGCAUAUCUUGCCAGACUGCGGAACCUAUACACGGCCUUUUGUUUUUUGGUUGAUGGAGAUAUCAGGAAUGAGACGCACAUGUUAAAGUAGUCUAAACCAGCUUAGUUUUUUUUUCUGUUGAUACAAGUAUAGACUGGCAGACGGGUUAGUGAGGUGAAUGGAAGACACAACUGUAUCUUUUAAGCUAAAAAGGAAAUGUGAUUUGUUGCAUCGUUUUUUGGAAUAAUCGCAGGCAUAUAUGUUCAAGUCGGGAGACGCAGAGCGUAAUGCAAGAAAUCGUGGCCAGAUGAAGGACAGAGACUUCAUGCCUAAUAUGGAGCGGGGGAAACCCGCCACAUACACUGGGGACAAAAAGGCAAAAAUGGCUGCGAAGACAAAUAAAAAGUGGGUAAGACUGGCUACUGUCUUUGCGUAUGUGCUAUCGGUCUCUCUUGCUGCGAUAAUUCUGGCCAUAUACUACAGCCUUAUAUGGAAACCAACAUCUGGCUUAGCACCAUCAUCGGGGGGAACAGAUGCUCCGACGCCGACUAUCGCUUCAACCAUUGGGGUUGUCACCACUGGCAUGACCGUCAUCAGUGCUCCUCAAGAAAAUCAGAGCAAAACCGAGAGCCCAUUACAUGGCUAUUUUUUGACAUCAGAGCGCACGGGUGCCCCUUCGGAAUCGCUACCCCACAGGGAAUCUACUUACGGAGGCCCGACCCCCAUGCUGGAGGACACAUUUCUAGAAACGCAUAGUAAUAGUGGAGCUGAUGCGCGACAUCCAACGACAAACAGGACACCCUCAGCAACAAAAUCGGUACAUGCAGAAAUAGUUGAACGGCCGACAGAAAGCGCCACCAGCAAGCCAAACUCUGAGACGCACGUCACAGACAACACGCAGAACAAAGAUAUCUUGCUGUCGGAUGUUUACUCCGAUCCAACAACUGGGAUUGAGGAGGGUAUACUUGAUGGUUCUGGGAUGGAGGACCGCUCUCUCCCGGAAUUUAUUGUCUUGAAUGCGCCAGAGCCGGUGGAUUCAACGUCACCAACUGCAGGCUCACAAGAACCCAUAGUCAGUGCCUCUUCGCAAACUGAUGUCAGGUACACCCGUGGUCCUCUCCUCUCCACGGAUACACAACUGGACAUGACAUUCUCAGAAGGCUCCGCUUAUAUUCCUCCGGACCUUCAUGAUGCAGACUAUGCAUCAUCUCCUGUAACCUCUCAACCUGAUAAGAAAACUCUCACGCAUAGCAUCAGCACUGGGACGGUUGCGGCCAGUGAUGAUGACAAGAACUGAUUUAAGUGCGUGCCACAGUGUCUGCGGUCUCUCCUCAGUAUUGGCGAUUAAAGAGAGAUUUGUAAUUGUAGUUGAUUAAAAACGGAUUAAUAUUGACUGCAUGAUGGAGAUUUGAGGCAGGACACCUGUGGACACGUAAUGCGUAAAAUAAGAAUAGUUUUACACCGAAAAAGACAAAGCCAUGCUUGACCUUCAAUAAGGUCGUGAAAUGAUCACAUUUUUUGGUCAUAUUUUUGUGCUGUAGCAAGAAGUCGCGUGAAAAAAAGAAACUUACUGCCCCACUCAGGUAUGUGUAGGUAUACAGUACUGUAAAUAGUGGGAAAGUGUCAUAAGUGGCCAUAGAGAACUCAGCCCCCUUCGGCUCAGGCCUAUGUCGACGUUUUAGCCAAAUUAUGUAGCAUCGUUUUUAUGACACAAUGUGCAAUUCAUAGGAAGAGAUGGAAAUAAGUUCGUUUUAAUAAGACAUGUUCAUUCUAUACCCAGCAUAAGCAUAUAGGCUCUGGCUUCAGCAAUAUUAAUGUCAUACAAGUUUCCUCAGAGCAAACCAUGUCAUCCAAAUACCAUGGUUGUAGUUGAUCCAUUAUGUAGCUUCACUGUUUUUAGUAUGUCAUUUUGAGCAAUGUUCUUA